AUGUUAUCCCGAGCAGAUUAUCAAGUUUAUGGUACAGCAGUAUUUGCUGCCAUUGGUGGUUUUCUAUUUGGUUAUGAUCUCGGUGUGAUUUCCGGUGUGAUCACCAUGUCGAACUUUAUUGCUGUUUUCGGCGAUCAAGCAAGUAUGUCGCGUGGAUCGUUGACUAGCAGUAUCUCAGGAUCAAUCGUCGGUGUAAUGUCCAUUGGAUGUUUCAUCGGCGCACUUCUCGCNCGAGCAGAUUAUCAAGUUUAUGGUACAGCAGUAUUUGCUGCCAUUGGUGGUUUUCUAUUUGGUUAUGAUCUCGGUGUGAUUUCCGGUGUGAUCACCAUGUCGAACUUUAUUGCUGUUUUCGGCGAUCAAGCAAGUAUGUCGCGUGGAUCGUUGACUAGCAGUAUCUCAGGAUCAAUCGUCGGUGUAAUGUCCAUUGGAUGUUUCAUCGGCGCACUUCUCGCUGGUCAAGCAAGUGAUCGAUUUUCGCGUAAAUAUUCCAUUGUACUUUUCUCGAUUAUUUUCACCAUCAGUGGCGCAUUACAAGGUGGUUCGAUGAACUUAACCAUGCUUCUCGUGUCGCGUUUAGUCGCUGGUGUGAGUGUGGGUGCAUUGUCGAUGAUUGUUCCUGUUUAUCAAUCGGAAAUUUCAACGAAGGAACUUCGAGGACGGCUGGUUUCCUUUCAGCAAUGGGCAAUAACUAUUGGAAUAGCAGUUAGUUUCUGGACUAAUUAUGGUACAGAUUUGUAUUUUACAUCAAGUAGUGCAUCAUGGCGAAUUCCACUUGCCUUGCAGAUUGUUCCAGCUUUGAUCUUAGCAAUUGGUAUCCCAUUCUUUCCAUUCUCACCCCGUUGGUUAAUGGCACAGGGUCGCGAUAGCGAAGCAUUAGCUGUUCUUAGGAAAAUUCGUUCAUCAUCGCAGAAAAAGAUUCUUUUAGAAUAUAACGAAAUCAAACAAGAGAUUAUUACCGAAAAUGAACAAUCAGUUCGUUCCUAUAAUCAAUUACUCCGUUAUCCUCUUCGUCGUCGUCUUAUUCUCGGCGUUACCAUUCAAACUUGUCAACAACUCACCGGAAUCAAUUCGAUCAUGUACUAUGCACCAGAAAUAUUCAAACAAGCGGGUUUAUCCGGUCAGCGCGCUGCCCUAUUAGCAACUGGGAUCAACGGAUGCAUUAACGUUCUUGCUACAGUUCCUGCCAUUCUCUAUGUCGACGAUUGGGGCCGACGACCUGUCUUGAUCAUUGGUGGCAUGAUUAUGAGUUUCGCUAUGCUCACGAUCGGUAGUAUAAUGGGUAUACAUGGCUAUACAGUAUAUAAUUCUACGACUGAGGUUACUGAAGUUAUUAUUCCGAAUCAAACAGCUUCGNAGCAUUUACCGAAAUUAACUAGUUUAACAGCUUAUCUAUGGUUUGUUAAAGAUGAUAAUCAUUUUUAUUCGUGGUUUAUCAAAGCAACACAGAAUUUCAAUAUUAUUUUCGAUCUUAAACCAAUUAGUAAACGUGAAACUCUCUUAUCGGCUUGGAUUGAGCGAAAAUGA